CAAGCAAAAGCACCAAAAGAGGUCUGCCGGCCGCUCUCAUCUAUAUGAUAUAUCAACCGCUACAAGAACAAUAGGAGAGUGUCCUGUGUUGCAGUGAUCAAAUUUCUUCUUAAAUUCCUACUUUGCAGUCCCUACUUUAGCAUUCACUUCGUUUGAGUACGUUCGACAGAAAAAUUCUUCAUAACUUUUUGCGAUUACACCAAACUAUCAUUCAUGGACUCGCUCCCCCCAAUUCCACAUGCAGAUCCGGACCUAAUAGCUCUCGAUUUCGUUCCUUUCUUCCGAGUGUACAAGGAUGGCCGCGUCGAAAAAUUCAUCAAAGCUCCCUUCGUCCAUCCAGCAGACUCAGACGAUCCCCAAAGCACUGGUGGCGUCCGAUCAAAAGAUGUCAUCAUUUCAUCAGAAACCCAAGCAUGUGCACGCUUAUAUCUUCCGGCCACAGUCAAACCCGACGAGAAACUUCCCGUUCUGAUCUACAUCCACGGGGGGGCAUUUGUCAUCGGAUCAGCUUUCGGCGUCGUAUACCAUAGCUAUCUUACCUCCGUAGUAGCUGAGGCUAACGUCGUUGCCGUGUCUGUCGAGUACAGGUUGGCUCCGGAGCACCCUAUCCCCGCAUGCUUCGAUGAUUCUUGGGCAGUAACAAAAUGGGUCGACUCCCAUGCCAAUAGAAAAGGCCCUGAACCAUGGCUCAAUAAUCACGCCGACUUUUCUCGGGUGUUUUUGGCAGGUGACAGCGCGGGAGGCAACAUUGCACAUUACAUGACUGUCAAAGCCAGCCAAGAGGGGUUGGGAGAUGGUGUAAAGCUUGAGGGGUUGAUUUUAGCGCAUCCAUUUUUUGGUAAAGUAGGGCGUGAAGAAUUAUGGGAGUACAUCACUUCAGAUUUCAAAGGGUGGGAUGAUCCAAGGCUUAAUCCAAUGGCAAGUCCUGAACUGCUGUCGGGCCUUGUGUGCGGGAAGAUUCUGUUGUUUACAUCGGAGACAGAUCCUCUUCGAGAUAGGAGUUUGCGUUACUGUGAGGCGAUAAAGAUGAGCGGAUGGAGUGGUGAAUUGGAGGUUGUGGAUGUUGAAAAGGAGGGCCAUACUUUUCAUAUACUGAAUCCAAGUGGUGACAAUGCUGGAAUCUUGAUGAAACGCCUGGUUUCAUUCUUGGGAAAUUAGGCCGUGUUGAUGAGUAGCUCUUUGCCUGUUCGGCUUCUUCCGUGAAAUAUGAUAUUGAUUUUCAGUUUUCUGCCGUCGUAUGUUACUCAAAUUUCAAUAAACUACCUUUCUAAAGCCUUGUAUUACUAGUUAACGGACGCAAACCCAUUGCAGCGUAGUUUCUCACUGGUUUCUUCUAUCUGGUCUACCCCCAAUUGCCAUGAAAGAGCUCUUUUAGUUCUCCUUGCUGUCAGUUGCAUUAAUAUUUUACUCAAAAUAUACUUAUAUUUGUUUUUAUGGCAAGCAUUUGCCUAUUAAUACAAUUUCCAUUGUUUCCUGCU